AUGACAAAAACAGCACCAACUAGUAAUUAUGACUAUAUGGACAAAACGGCGAUCAAUAAAGAUCUUAAUUGUGAGUACUGUAAUAAUCCACUUGUUGAACCUGUAUCAACACCAUGUAACCAUACAUUUUGCCGAGUAUGUAUUGAAAAUAAAAUUAAAAAAACAGGUGGAACUUGUGCAAAGCCAAAAUGUAAAAAUAAAUCAAUUACAUUAGGAAAUUUAACACCAGUUACACAACAUACUGUUUUAAAUAUGCUCGAUUGUCUACUUGUUAAAUGUACUCGUUGUGGCAUGACAAAUAUUCAACGUGGUACAUAUGAAAAACACUCUACUAAAUCAUGUCCAAAAGCAAUUGUUGCUUGUACAGCUGUAGAUAUUAAAUGUCCAUGGACAGGAACAAGUGAUCAAUUAAAACAACAUACUUUGUCUUGUAUUUAUGAACAAAUUCGUCCUGCCUUUAGUGAAAUUCUUCAAGAUAAUCGUCAACUAAAAGAAGCACUUCAAAAAAUGUCUGAACAAUGUUUACAACAGCAUCAAUUACAUAUAAAAGAAUUACAAGAAACAAAUCAACGUUUAAAUACAAAUAUUGAACAAUUAAAUAAAAUAUUAAAUCACGAAAAAGAUCAAUUAAAAGAAUUAAUUAUGCAAAAUAAAUCUCAAAUUAAUGAAUUACAAACUGAAAUUCAACGUAAAAACGAUGAAAUCAUACGUAUUGAUGAACGUUGUAAUAAACAUGAAAUUCAAAUAAAUCUUUUAACAGAUAAAAUUAAUGGUACAAAAGAUAUAUAUCCUUAUAAUAAUCUUCAACUUGAAAUUAAUAUAUCAAAAUGUCAAUCACAUACAAUAAUUGAUUUAUCAAAACAACAAUUACUUGAUCGUGAUAUGAAAACUAUUGUAAAACAAGCAUUGAUUGAAAAAGAGUGUACAAGACUUGAUCUGGGUUAUAAUGCUAUUACAUCAAUAGGUGCAUCGAUUUUAGCCGAUGCAUUAAAACAGAAUACAACAUUAGAAGAAUUAGAUUUUCAUAAUAAUCGUGUAUUAGAUAUAGGUGUUCAUUCAUUAGCAAAAGUUUUAUCAUUAAAUACUUCAAUUGUUAAAGCACUUGGUCUUGGAUCAAAUGGUAUUACAGAUAAAGGAGCUGAACAUUUAGCUGAUAUGUUAAAAACAAAUCGAACAAUUACAUGGUUAGCAUUAGCUGGCAAUCAAAUUGGUGACCGUGGUGUACAAUUAUUAGCAAAUACAUUAGCACAUCAAAAUUCAAGUUUAUUAGUAUUAUCACUUCAUGUCAAUAAAUCUAUUAGUGAUGCAAGUAUUGAUGUUAUCAUUUAUAUGUUACAACAUAAUAAAUCAUUAAAAAAACUUUGGAUGCAAGAUUGUAGUAUUUCAGAAAACGGAAAAAACAAGCUUCGAGAAGUAGCAAAAUUAAAACAAAACUUUUCACUUUAUAUGUAG